AUGGUGACCCAGGAGGCUAAUGCCAGCACAGCAGAUGGCACGGUGCCCUGUGGCAGACUGUUCCCCUUCGAGGAGGUGGUGUGGGCGAACAGCAGCCUGGUGCUGCCUACCUUCUCGGCCGCAGCCCAGGCCCGUGUGGCUGUCACCCUGGGGCUCUGUGUGAUCUCCACCGCCUGCAAUGUGGCUGUGCUGUGGGCCGGUGUGGGCAAGCGGCACGCCAAGCGCUCCCAUGCCCGCCUGCUUCUCCUGCACUUGGCAGCAGCUGACCUGCUGGUAGCCGUGCUGGUGAUGCCCGUCGAUGCUGCUUGGAACAUCACUCUGCAGUGGCGGGCGGGGGAUGUGGCCUGCCGCCUGCUCAUGUUCCUCAAGCUCCUGGCCAUGUACGCGUCGGCUUUUGUCACAGCCAUCAUCAGCCUGGACCGCCAAGCUGCCAUUUUGCACCCACUGGCCAUCGCCAAGGCGCGGCGCAGGAACCACGUUUUGCUGCAUGCCUCGUGGCUGCUGAGUGCUGGGCUCUCCGUCCCGCAGCUGUUCCUCUUCCGCACGGUCACGCUCGGCCCCCCGCAGAACUUCACGCAGUGCACCACGCGGGGCGCCUUUGCCCAGCGCUGGCACGAGACGGCCUACAACAUGUUCGGGUUCCUCGGCCUCUUCCUGCUCCCGCUGCUGGUCAUGACCGGCUGCUACUCGCGGAUCCUGCUGGAGAUUUCCCGCCGCGUCGGAGCCUCCAGCGGUGUGUCGGCCAAGGAGCUGCCUUUGCGUCGGUCGCGCAACCCAAUCCCGCAGGCGCGGCUGCGCAUGUUGCGCCUCAGCGUGGCCAUCGUUGGCUCCUUCGUGGUCUGCUGGACUCCCUACUACCUGCUGGGCCUCUGGUAUUGGUUCUGGCCGGCGGCCAUGGAGGGGGCGGUGUCCCACUCGCUAGCCCACCUCCUCUUCAGCUUCGGGUUGCUCAGUGCCUGCCUGGACCCCAUCAUCUAUGGCCUCGUCGCCUUGCCCUGGCGCCGGGGGCUGGGGGGCUGCUGUGGUGCGAACGGGCUGGGGACACCGCCCCAGCGCCCCUCCUCCGUCACGGGCUCCUCCCUUCCUCUCCGGCGGGGGGCGCCUCACCUUGAGCUAGCUGCUGAGACAGCCGACCCCUGAGCGCCUGGCCAGGGACGCAGCAGGCAGCCUGCCGCUGACAGGGCCUGGGAAUCGGGCCCGGGCCUGGGGGGAGGCUGCUGCUACGGCCACGGCUUCUUCAAGCCAGAAGUCUAGUCCUCCAAGCCUCAGGACCGCAGCUCCGCGCGGAAGAAGAGGAUUGCAGCAGCCUUC